GAUGGUGUCCCGCAAGGCCGUGGCUGCGCUGCUGGUGGUGCAUGCAACCGCCAUGCUGGCCUCCCAGACGGAAGCCUUCAUCCCCAUCUUCACCUACAGCGAACUCCAGAGGAUGCAGGAGAGGGAACGGAACAAAGGGCAAAAGAAAUCCCUGAAUGUACAGCAGAAGUCUGAGGAGAUGGGUCCUGUAGACCCCACAGAGCCCAUUGAGGACGGAGAAAACAAAAUGAUGAAGCUGACUGCUCCUGUGGAAAUUGGAAUGAGGAUAAACUCCAGGCAGCUGGAAAAGCACCAGGCUGCCCUGGAAGCGCUGCUGACAGCCAAGUGACAGCCCCACUCUGGGGAGAAGGUGAAUGGAUCCGGGA